AUGGGGGCGGAUAAGCCCGUGGACCACGGCCUCGGAGUGAUCGCGACCCAGGAGGCCUUGCGUCAGAAUCCGCACUUCGUGGAGCAUCAGAAGUCGGUUGAGGCGCUCAUCCAGCAAGUGACGGAGGCCAACGUCACCGAGUCGGGGAUGGACGAGAGUGAUGUGCUGAGCCUGGAAUCUCAGGAUGCUGCGGACACCACCGAGGACCCUGCCGAACUCCUCGAAGCCGACACCACCGAGGAUCCUGCCCAGUUGCUCAGUGCGGACGACACCACCGAGGCCCCCGCCGAACUGCUCGAAGCCGACACCACCGAGGAUCCUGCCCAGUUGCUCCGUGCGGGCGACACCACCGAGGCCCCCGCCGAGCUGCUCGAAGCCGACACCACCGAGGAUCCUGCCCAGUUGCUCCGUGCCGACGACACCACCGAGGCCCCCGCCGAACUGCUCGAAGCCGACACCACCGAGGAUCCUGCCCAGUUGCUCCGUGCGGGCGACACCACCGAGGCCCCCGCCGAGCUGCUCGAAGCCGACACCACCGAGGAUCCUGCCCAGUUGCUCCGUGCCGACGACACCACCGAGGCCCCCGCCGAGCUGCUCGAAGCCGACACCACCGAGGAUCCUGCCCAGUUGCUCCGUGCCGACGGCACCACCGAGGCCCCCGCCGAACUGCUGGAAGCCGACACCACCGAGGCGCCCACCGAACUGGUUCACGCAGACACCACCGAGGAACCCGCCGAGCUGAUCCGAGCGGAUACUACCGAGGAGCCCUCCGAGCUCGUCAGGGCCAAGCCCUCCACGGCCGCCAGGGCCAGGCGCGGCAAAGGCAGGCAGGAAGAGGAGAGCAAAGGCACGGGCAAGGAGGACGGCGCCCACGCGGAGGAGAGCGAGGGCAAGGAUAAGCCGGCGAUGAGCAAGGGCGAGGAGAGUAAGGGCAAGGACAAAAAGACGAAGAUGAUCGAGGGCGACGACGCCGACGUGGAGGAGAGCGGGAGCGAGGGGAAGACAGCGAUGAAGGCGAAGAAAACGAAGAUGAUCAAGGCAGACAACUCCGACAUGGAGGAGAGGAAAAGUACGGCGAAGGCGGCGGUGAAAGCGAAGAAGACGAAGAUUAUCAAGGACGAGCAGGCCGCCACGGCGCCCUCCAGUGCGGAGCUGGCCGCGGCGCAGAGCGUGGUGGCCCGGAAGCUCAUUGCGAUCACCUCGGCGCUUGUGAAGGUGACGAGCAUCAUCAACUUCGCCCAGAACAUCUCGUCGCAGGCCAAGAUCAUGAUCGGCGAGGACCUCUACCUGGGGGCUGACAUCACGAACUCGCUGCACGUGUCGGGAGGGCUGAACAAGGCGCUGUUCAAGCACGGUUCGGACAUGAUUCCGAAUCAGAACCGCCUGAACCUGAAGAUCAACGAGAUCGAGGCGGAGUUGCAGGCCUUCAAGGUCCACUACAACGACAUCAUGCCCGCCGGGCGCAACGUGCCGCUCGGCGCCUAGCGCGCGCGCGCGAGGCGCCCAGGACGCGCAGAGAGGCCCCGCGGCACCAACGCGGCCGCGGCCCGGCGGGCCGCGCCCUCCCAGCGCGGGCCGGGCGCCUGCGUGCGGGGCGGGCGUGGAGGAA